AUGGUUGGGCAUGAUGAACGUAUACGAGUUAGGGCGUUAAAUGCUAAAAUUCGGUCUCUUGAAACACAAAAUGCUGAGCUUAUUGAAAAGUUACGAAAGAGGAAUUCAGAAAUUGUUGGUGUCAUUGGAGCAAAUUUUUCUGAACGAGUGCGAGCUAUACAGCGCAAUGGCUCCUUUGGUUUCGGCAGUGAAAAAGCAUCGAUAGCAGGUGUCAUAAAUGAAAGUGAUUGUGCUAACAUUUCGAAAAGUCUACCAAGUCUUCUGGUUGAAGUGGAUGCUAGCAAUACGCGAGAUUUUGAAGAAAUCAGUUUGGAAUUUGAACGUUUGCUUGAUAAGGAGGAGACCACAAACAAUUUACCUGCAAAGAAUGAGACCAGUACUAAGCGUACUACUGUUCCUGUACAGGGACGGCAAGUGCAAACAGAAAAGUAUUUUGAUUCGAGUGAAAUCGAAACUUUAAAGGAUGAGCUGAAAAUUACUCAGGAAGAAUGUAAUUUUGCUAAAGAAAGGGUUCAACAUGUGGAAUGUGAGAACUUUGAACUAGAGGUUAAAUUGAAAGAAACGGCUGAAAAAUUGAAAACCGCUAAGGAGGAAAUAGAUUCUUUUGAACAGAAAUUCUGUCAUCUUACUGAUGAUUUUGGAGCUCGAGAAGCAGAGUAUAACGCUAAGAUAGCCAGUUUGAUGAAAGGAUAUGAUACAGGUAAUGAAGGUUUGGAAAGACGAGAUGUAGGUGUUCAAACGCUAAAAAAAGAUUUGACGUUACCAUGUGAUGAUAAAUCUGAAUUAGUGGAUCUGGACCAAAUCAAUAACAAUCCCAUAACGGAAAAUUCAUACGGUGCCCGCUUAGAAUCUGGUUAUUCAAUUCAGGAAAGGUCUUCUGAUACAGAAUAUCGAAAAAUGAGGAAGAGAAAGGAAGUGUGCCAAAGUGGCGAGGAUUUGAUUGAUGAAUCAUCAAAACGCAUAGAGCUUGAAUUGCUUUUGAACAGUCGGAAUAAAAAGCAGGCCGAAUUUGAAAAAAAAAAUGCUGAAAAAGAAAAGCUUAUGUCAAAAACCAUUGAGCAGCAAGAGAAUGAAAUAAUAUUGUUGCGUUCUGCUGUCGAAAAAUAUGCAGCGGAGUUGUUGGCAGCUGAGCGACAAAAGGAAGAACAAAGUGCAGAAAGAUUUUUCCAGAAUGCACUUGUAAAAGCUGAAGAGCAAGCUGGCGAAGUAGAAGAACCGAAGAAUUUGCGGGAAGAAAGUUUAGAAAGGCGAACGAAAGAAGAAUGUUUGCUUUUUAAACAACUGACAGAAAAACAGAAAUUUUGGGAAACAGUUUUUAGUGAAAAAGAAAAUGAAAUUGCGUCAAUGCAGAAAAAAAUGGAUGAACUAGCUGCAGAAAAACACGAAUACGACGUUUUGAAGCAGGAGUUUAAUACUCUCAGACUUAAAUGCAAUAUAAUGCAAGAGGAUCAAACUAUUUUGGAGUCUGAACUUAAUCAGUAUAAAGUAAAAGUUCGAGAAAAUGCAGAAGAAAAAAGUCGUUUGGAAAACCUGUUAUCAGAAAUGCAAAAUGAAUAUUCGUCACUAAAGCAAGUGUACUGUACUGAGCGUUCUGAAUUGGAAGCUCAGAAAGAAGAGCUUAGAAGGUUGCAUGCGAAAUUGGAUUCGUUGAUGGAGGAAAGAAAGGAGGGGAAUGAGGAGCUACACUUAGACAAGUUGGAGGAAGCUGUUUCGCUAAUGGAUCAACUUAGAGAGGAGUACAGUUUACUGACUGGCGAGAAGUUGAGUCUUUUGAAAAAAGUGGAUGAAUUGAAAGUGGAGCUUGAAGUUCAGAGAAAAUCCUGCUUUGUGAGGGAUGUUGACUGUAGAACAGAUGCCCACUUCAAUGACGUCGCAUAUGACAUUGAAGGCGCUACAGUGACACCAUUAGAGAGUACAACAACAAACGUUGCCCCCGGGUGUGAGAAAUCCGGGAUUUCAGUUGCUGGUAACUUCGAAGAAGGUCGCAUUCAAUCGACAUUGGAAAUAGAGAACGUAAUUUUGAGAGAGUGCGUUGCGCAGAAUACAGCAAUGCAGGAUACACUUUCGGAAGAUGUUGACCGAUUACUAGAGAUCAAAGCUGAGUUGGAGACAACUGUAGAAGCAUUAAAGGGCGAAAUUUGGUCUUUGAACGCUCAGUUGAAAGCUUCAAUUGCUGAUCGCGACAACUUUUCUGAUAAAUUGUGUGAGCUAACGCAGCUGAUGGAAGAUGAACGAGAAGAGGCGAAGCAGCGUGAACGAGAACUUGAAGAACAGAAGGAUUUUGCUGAAAAAAGUCAAAGACAGGCAGCUUUGGCAGAAAACGAAAGUAACCGUCGUUUAGUUGAAUGGCAAGAAAAAAGCGCGGAGAUGGAAACAAGUUAUUCUCAACUUCGAAAUGCAUAUGAUCAGCUUACGUCUUAUUAUCAGCAACUUCAGGAUGCUUACAAUGUGCUUUAUGCUUCCACAGUCAAAGAAACAGUUAAUGCAGAAACAGAAACGGAACUGCUUCAGGUAGUUUGAAU